GUUUACGCACUCUGACAACAUCAUAACCAUGUUUCUUCCAUUGUUGCUGCUGAUCUGCUCUCUCUCUGCAGCUCAGAUUCAAGCAGAGUCUGACAAUGAACUUGGAGAAAAUUUAAGACAAACUGAGUCGACAGGAGGAGAAGCAGGAAAUGUCUCUGACCAACAACACACGUGUACGCAGGAUAUCCAUGCAGUGCUGAGAGAGAUGAGCGGCGUGUUGGCUGGACUGAAGGUUGAGAUGAGAUACUUGCAGCAUGAAAACGAAGUACAAUCAGCUAAGGUUUAUCAACUGGAGUCUCAACUGGAGUCACAAAAUACGGAGCUGAACCAACAGUACCAAGAACAGGCAGCUAAACUGGCAGAACAGGCAGCUAAACUGCUCACCAUUGAAUCCAGAGCAAACACAACAGAAAACCAUGUGAACGCUCUGACAAGAGAAGGAGAAGUGAAACGAGUUGCUUUCUCAGCAUCUUUACUCGCUUCUGGCUCAGGAGAUAUCGGACCAUUUAACGCACACACCAACCUGAUCUUCAGAAACGUUGUUACAAAUGUUGGAAAUGCCUAUAACCCAAACACAGGGUUUUUCACAGCCCCGGUGAGAGGAGCCUACCACUUUGAGUACUACAUUUAUGGACAUGGACAUCGUUCACAUGGUACUUCUGCUAUGCUGGUCAAGAAUGGAGACCAUGUUUUUAUUGCUUAUGAACAUCAGCCUUCAGGGGGGGCUAAUGCUGCUAAUGGUGUCACUUUGCUAUUAGAAGUUGGAGAUGUUGUGUUUUUGCGUCAGUGGCAAAACACAAGGAUUUUUGACAAUGAGCAUCACCCCACAACCUUCAGUGGUAAUCUACUUUUCAUCAUGUGAACAGUGAUAGUUUCUCAUUUUCCUUCAGCUCUCUUAAUGUCAUGUAGUUCUGUCCCAGAAUUCAUUAUAGUCACUAAAUAUUUGACCAAGAUACACAAUCUUAUUUUCAGAAAAAGUGUUAUUUUUACUUUCAUCAAUUUCUGCAUUUGCAUAACUGUACACUAUAACAUACACAGUGAUGAAAUGUUCUAACAAGAUGUUUCUAUGAUAUUGAUUUAGAGAAGUGGAUACAUUUAUAGGAACAUGUUAGAAGUUACCAAGGCGUGUUGAUUGUUCUAUCUCACAAUGUUAGAUACCCUUCCUGUAUCCAGAUCAGCUUUAGAACCCACUAACAUGCUCCUUGGACCACAGUGUCCACUUACCUGUACCUGGUGUACCUAAUAAAAUCAUGUGGCCUGUGAGCUGUUACAUACAUGUGCUUGAUGUACAUCAAGAUGUGGUUUAGAUAUAGACUUUAAAAUUUUGUUUAGGGGAAAUUAAAGAGGGAAACUGACCACCUACGAUCAAUGAGGUUAUUUUUGAUCGACUGAUUUAAUAUGUUCAAAUGUCAACAUUAUUGUUUCAAAUUAAAGCUUUAAGUGUAUUUACCCUUCAAUUAAAUCUGGAUUGUUUUAUUUCUAUUUCAUUGUUGUCCCUAAAG